UUAGCGCGGUUCCAUUUUUUUUAAUGUAUUUUCGUUACUCUACUAAUUAUGGAGCUAGGAAGAAUAAAUUUAGUCUUAAAUAAAAAUGAUUGUGUGUAUUCUCCGGGGGAUAUAAUUCAAGGCCGUUUAGAAAUUGAUAUGCCGAUUCAAAAAAAAAUUAGAGGUAUUUAUAUAAAAUUUAGUGGUGAUGGCGGUGUUCGAUUUCAAAAUGUUAUGGUUAUAUCCAAUACUGGGAAAACUCAAAGUGUUUUAUCGUACGCGGAUGAAAAAUAUCUUCAUUAUAAACACGAAUGCUUAAAAAAUACGGGAAGUUGUGCAAUAUUGGCGUCAGGAAAACAUAUUUACCCAUUUUCUUGUCAUUUACCGUACGAUUUGCCGUCGAGUUUUCAUCACGAAUAUGGAACGAUACGUUAUUUUUUAAAAACGGUCAUCGAACAAAAUAGGGGAUUUAAACAAAGAUCCUACAAAGACUUCUAUGUUAAAUCUUACCUUAAUUUAAGAUUAUAUCCAAAGUUGCAGGAAAAUCGUGUAAUAAGUUUAAUAAAAAAAUCGUCGUUUUUGUGGUUAAAAAAUAUAAAAGUAAAAGUAAAUAUUAAAUUACCCAAAACUGGUUACGUUGUUGGCGAAACCAUUUCUAUGUACAUCGAAGUGAUAAACAUGUCCGAAAGAGACAUUUUAGAUAUCGUUUUUAAUUUGCAACAAACCCUCCAAUUUUACGCUCAUUCCCCGAAGAAAGAUUCAAAAACAAUCCAUGUCACUUUAUCUUCGAGUCGUUUAGGUUUACAACCAGCUAGGAGUGCUCAAAACUUUAAUCAUCAAUUGAUCAUACCGGAUUUUUCGCACGAGAGUUUAAGCGGCUCAAAAAUAAUUAAUCUUAGAUAUUAUCUUGAGAUUAUUGCUAUUCGUGGUGACCACGAACAAUUUUCAGAAAAAGUACCGAUUACAAUCGGAAAUUGGAAUGUUUAGGUUUAUUUAAAGUUAUAUGUAUGAAUAAAUGCGAUUACUAUAAAAAUAAAUAGAAAAUUAUAGCGGUCAUACUUGAAAAACAGACAGUAAAGCUUAUUUUAUACAUUUAUAUAACAAUUGGAAGCCAAGACAGCUUCACUGCCGAGGUAACAGGCUACCUAUACUUCUAAAAAGACAUUAAAACUAUUAUUGAAGUGAAUUGUAUUAUUUUAUUUCCGAAGCAACUGUGCUGCUGAGGCAGUAGCGCGAUUACCAUAAAAAUAAACUGUGAAUAUUAUUAACGAUAAAGUGAUAAAUAUGAGACAUUUAGAUAUCGUUUUUAAUUUGCAACAAGUACUAUUUUAAUUGGGGGAAAAUUUGUUGUUAAUUAAUUUGUUUAUAUACAGUAUAAUUUUACGCGUAUUCCUCGACGAUAUAUUCAAAAACAAUCCAUGUCAGUUUAUCUUCGAGUCGUUUAUGUUUACAACCAGUUAGGAGUGCUGAAAACUUUUAUCAUCAAUUGAUCAUACCGGAUUAUUCGCACGAUCAAUAAUCAAUCUUCGAUAUUAUCUUGAAGUAGUAAGUUUCAUAAAAUUCUUUCAAUAUUUUUAUAAAUUUUUUUUUAGAUUAUUGCUAUUCGUAGCGACCACGAACAAUCGGAAUGUUUAAGUUUAUUUAAAGUUAUACGCAUGAAAAAAUGUGAUUAAAAAAUUUAUUAAUAAAAAUUAGUGCCAUAUUUUUGGCCUUCUUGAAAUUGAUUUUGUGUGAAUAAGUUUGACUUUUGUGCGAAACUGUAAAUUCCGGUGUUCUUGGUAACGUAGAUAACACGCGAUAAGGGGAUUACCACGUUAUGACAAUAUAUAAUAUAUAUAUAAUUUUUUAUAGACUCCUUGUUAGUGUAUUUGGAACCAGUUAUUAAUUCGGUUGUUAACUUAAUUCGAAUUUGUUUCAAUAUUUUUUAAGAUGGUUAUUAAAGAUCUUAGUUUGCAGCUAAAUAAACAAAAUCUUGUUUAUUUUCCCGGCGAAACCAUUUCUGGUUAUCUCACGUUCUUUGUACAUUCUUCAAAAGAGGUCAAAGUAAAUGAAAUUUAUGUUAAAUUUAAUGGGAUAGCGAAAGUUUCUUGGAGUGUUAGCGACUCAAGUGGAGAUUCAAGCGAUGCAACAACAUACUCAUCGAACGAAAACUAUUUUAAGUACAAAUUUGAUAUUUUAAAAACAACCGAUUUAUCCCCUGGGAAGCAUUCGUACCAAUUCAUUUUUUAUCUACCAAACGAAAUCCCAUCAACUUUUAAGGGAUAUCAUGGAGACGUUACUUAUACUUUAAAAGUGCGAGUGAGAGUGCCAUGGAAACUUACUUACAAAUACGAAUGCCCAAUUAACGUUGUACCAAACAUCAAUGUUGAUUGUUUUCCUUUACUAGCUUUGCCCCGUCGAAUGUUUUUAGAAAAAACUUACAGCUCCUGUUGCACCGCGGGGGAAAUGGAUCUCCAAAUAACAUUCCCAAAAACAAUUUAUAGAUGCGGCGAAACGAUCCACAUCACUUUAGAUUUGGAAAAUCGUUCGAAUGUCAGAGUAAAAGAUAUUGUUUUUAAAAUACAAAAACACGUCGAAUUUAUUUCGAAUUUUCCGAGAUCAUUAAAAAAAAAGAAAGUUUUAACAGUGCAAAAACUCCAUACAGAAGCGAUUACUGGUGGGAAUAGGCAAUUUAUUUAUAUCAUUCCAAUCCCAAACGAUUUAGAAAUCUACGAUUUAAGUUAUUGCUCAAUCAUUAAUUUUAGUUAUCUUUUAAGCGUUACUGUUAAACUAGGAGGUUGUAUGAAGUUAAAGGAUAGUGUACCUUUAUUAAUUUACAAUUAAGAUUAGAAAAA